CCAAAGCGAGGUUGAUUAAUCCGGGCGGAAGUUGGUUGCUCGCUCGCUGGCCGGUUGGAUGGCUGUCCCACCCGCGCGCGGCUCGGGGGGCGCUGUGGGCCGCGGGAGGCCGCCGAGGAGGCGGGCAGAAGAGCGAGGCGAGGAGGGGCUUGGGUGGGGCAGCCCGGACGGCGCGCCCGGAGCAGCAGGCGAGGCGAGGCGGCUGAGCCAGAUAAGGCUCGGAGCAGGCGGCGCAGCUGUCAGAAGCGGCUAAGCAGCGAGCGCACGGGCCGGAGGGCCUCCUUUGCGCGGGGCGGCACGGAGGGCGUUCACCUCGCGUUUCCCGCUCUCUCCAUGAGCCGGGCUGGGAUUUGGGUUGGGAAUGCUGCUGCUGCUCGCGGCGGCUGCGGAGCGGUGCGGCGGACGGCCCUGCUGAGCGCUCGGCUGCGCCCCGCGCCGGAGCCGCGAAUGUGACCUGUGAUCGGCGCGGCUGCCGCAGGUCGGACUCUCCGCCUGGACGACGACGCCAGUCCUCUCCGGCAAACGGGAAAGGAAGGAGGGAGGUAGCCAAGGACAGAAAAAUGACUCCCUUCCUGACGGUUGGUGUCCUUCUCCUCGUUGUGGUCAGCUAUGGAUCGUCUCAGAACUCCAGUACCUCCAGAGGAUGCAGACUAGAUCUUCUUCCUCAAUAUGUCUACCUGUGCGAUCUGGAUGCUAUCUGGGGGAUCGUGGUGGAGGUGGUUGCUGGAGCCGGAGUCUUGACGACGCUGCUCCUCAUGCUGAUCUUGCUGGCGAGGUUGCCGUUUAUCAAGCAGAAGGAGAAGAGGAGCCCCUUGGGGGUGCACUUCCUCUUCCUCUUUGGGACCCUGGGACUCUUUGGCUUGGCCUUCGCCUUCAUCAUCCAGGAAGACGAGACCAUCUGCUCAGUCCGUCGUUUUGUCUGGGGGGUCCUCUUUGCACUCUGCUUCUCAUGCUUGUUGGUUCAAGCCUGGAGGCUACGGAAACUUGUCUGGCACGGCAAGAGCCCGUCUGGAUGGCAGCUGGCCGGUGUCGCCGUCUGCCUCGCGCUGGUCCAAGUCAUUAUUGCCACAGAGUGGCUGAUAUUGACUGUAGUGAGGGAUGGGAAACAGGCCUGUCGUUACGAGCCGAUGGAUUUUGCAAUGGCUUCCAUUUAUGUUAUGGUCUUGAUGGUGUUGGCCCUGGGCUUUUCUUUCUUCACAGUGUGUGGAAAAUUUAAGAAGUGGAAGAAGAAUGGAGUGUGCCUCAUUAUCACUAGCUUUUUCUCAAUCCUCAUUUGGGUUGCUUGGCUGACUAUGUAUCUAUAUGGUAAUAAUGAACUGAGGAGGAGAGACCAGUGGAGUGACCCUACUCUUGCAAUAGCACUGGUGUCCAGUGGUUGGGUGUUCGUGGUCUUUCACGCAAUCCCUGAGGUUCACUGCUCCAUCCUUCCAUCCCAGCAAGAAAACACGCCUAAUUAUUUUGAUACUUCACAACCGCGGAUGCGCGAGACAGCUUUUGAGGAUGACCUGCAGCUUCCUCGAAGCUACAUGGAAAACAAAGCCUUUUCAAUGGAUGAGCAUAAUGCAGCUUUACGGACUGCAGGAUUCCGCAACGGCAGCUUGGGAAGCCGUCCUGGUGCCCCCUUCAGAAGCAACGUCUACCAGCCCACUGAGAUGGCGGUUGUCCUGAAUGGUGGGACUAUUCCAACUGCUCCACCAAGUUACACUGGAAGACACCUUUGGUGAAAAAGCUCAGGCUGUAGAGGAUGACAGAGAGAACUAUUAACAGAUGUUAUUUCCUGGCAGUGUGUGCAUUUUUUUUUCCUGAGGGAGGAGUGAAUAAUCCUAGCAAAGAACACAAGGAGUGCAGAGAAAAAAAAUCCACCCAGAAGCACAGGAGGUCUUAGAUCUGAUGUCGUGUUUUUUUAAAAAAAUUGUAAAUGUGAGCACCAUUGGAAUGGAUAAGCUAACCACAAAAGCAAAACCUCUGCAGUGAAAUAUAAGCUAAAACGAAAAUUUAAAAACAGAUGUAGGCACACUCUUCCCAAAAAUUAAAAAAGGGAAGAAAGGGGACACAGUGUCUGGAACUGGCGAGAGAACUGUCAGUUGCAACCCGCCCACAAAGCAAAAUUGGGCUUUGUUUGGUCAUCCGUUGCUUUGAAAAGGAUUAAAUGGUCCUUAAUCCAUACUGCCGCAAGAGAUUGACCCCCGCGGAUGACUUAAUUGGUCAUCUUUGAAAGGAGGGAGAGGGCUCACAGGUGCAAAAAAUAAUAAUGCAUUAAUCACAUCAUCCAGCCAUUUAUCUAGAAUAGCAUUUCCUGUCCAUCAUGGGACCUUUUUUCAAAGACUUUCUCACUCCAGAGUGAAGGACCAGAUGGUUUUGUCUCUUCAUACCUUGGGUUUCUGAGGAGAGCUAUUCAAGGGUAGAGAAUGAUGGCAAUGGUGUGUCAGCAGGAACCCUGUCAGAUGCGGUAAACAGAGGUUGCCCAAUUUAAAUUCAUGUAUAUGUAUAGACUAGUCCACAGCAGUCUUUAGCCAUGGCUGCUAGCCAACUACCUUCUCCGCAGGAAGCGCUGUAGGCAGUUGUGUAGAAAACUAAGGAGAGAAAGGGGCGGGGCAGUCUUUGCUCCGCCUCUUUUGCCCACAUGGUGAUGUCCAAGCGACUGUAAAGGAGGCAGAGCUUGCUGUUUAAAUUGUGUUGCAUGGGGGGAGAGAGAAACGGGGCAGACCGAGGUGGUUGUAGCCCAUGGGUGUGUUCAAGCAGUGGUCCCAUACUCUGUAGUUCACAGAUGUUAUUUCGCCAUGGAGUGCAGCAAUAAAAUGCUCUUGGAAAGCUAGGAAAGUUGAGGUGCCUCUUCAGCUGGGUUCACUUAACUUAAAAACAUUGGACCCCUCUUCUCACUGGCUUCCACCCACCCACCCGUUUAACACUGGAGUCUCAUUGACUGCAAUGGUUUGUGCAUUUUACUGCAUUUUCUUGUGCGUUCUUUUACGGAGCAUUUUAAAAAUGGGAUUAUUUUCAUGUGGGUUUUGGGAAAGAAGGGUGUUUCUUCCCCCCCACACACACACACACACUCCAGAGGACCUCAUGUUCCUGCUGUCUUUUCAUCUUUCUAUGUUUUUAAUGAUGUUUGACAGAGCAUUCCUUCAUUGUUUAGCAUUGAAUGCAUAUUGGGCAUGUGAACUGUCAUUACAUCCGCCGUGCUGGCCAGCAUCAUGCUCUGCUUUUCCUAGAGACUUAAAAAUAAAUUAAAAAUUGAGGUUUGCUUGUGUUUUUUUAAAAAAAUACAUACAUACAUACAUACAUAUAUAUAUAUAUAUAUAUAUAUAUAUAUUACAUGAAGUUGCAAAAUAUGUGGAAGGAUGGGAUUGUUUUGCAUCUGUUCUAAUACAAAAUAUUUUAUUUUCAAAUGAUGAAUAAAAAUGGUAAUGUGCAAAAUAAAAAAUGACUUAACACAGUAGCUUUGCAAGGUUAUUGGCUGUAUCCUGCAGAGGAAAGACGACUGGUUUUUCUUUUGGGAAAUGUCUCUAGUUCUUCAAGUACCUUUCAGUUUUCUGCUAUAUGCCUGAUGUUGAUUUUAGCCUAGUUCUCACUGAGGUCAUUAACCUUUUUGGGCAGUACCACGUCAGACUUAAAAAUCUUUUGUUAAGUGGUUUUCCAGCCGAGGGUGGAUGGCCACAAAUCAGGAUGUUGAAGCAGCAGAUUUCCAACUUCAGCAGGGGGGUUGGAUUAGAAACAAAAAAAUGAAUUAAGAUGUUCUACCUGCAGUCUGAAAUAGUACCUUCCACCUCAGUGAGAACUAGGCCAUUAACAUCCAUGAGUCAUUGACCCUGGCUGGUCUGUUUAGUAGCAAAAGGGGUGCAAGAUCAGGCUGUAUGUGAUAUACUAUUAAAUGUUCUUAAAAAAGAAAGUUUACAUUGCCAUUCAUGCCAUGAUCAUCUUAGCAAGUUUUUUAAAAUACGUCUUGACUAGGUAAGAGCAAUACUUUUUCUGUUGUGCACGACCAAAUGCAUGUGCAAUAGUCCUGAUUAAGAGAAAAGAACUGUAUACAUGCAUUUAGAAAAUUAUAAAUAUUAAUUUUGACACAAAUCAAUAAGACAAGUUGAUGCUCUAACGUAAUAGGAGGGUAGCUGUAUGGCAUGCUGUCCAGGAUUGUAGAAAAUGAGGCCUUGAUCAAAAUAUACUGCUGCAUUUUAAAACUGAGUUUUUAACAUGCUGGGUAUUUUAUCGCUAUAUCAAAAUCUUAGUUGGGGCUUUCAAGUGUCGGGGAUUUUUGUAAAGCAAAACAGUUUGAAAAUGGAUUUCUGAAACUGUUUUAUUAAAAAAAAAUACAGAAGAACAUGGCAUCAAUGACAAGGUGAGUUUUCUUUUCCCAACUGAGUUUUGAUAUCUUUUUGAAAAAGACUGGAUGGUGGUGGUGGUGGUUAGUAAUGAUAUGGGGGAGAGAGGAGGUUGACUUUUUUAAAAAGUUACUUUCAGGAGUAUAAUUAAGAUAUUCAUUUUUUUAUUUGUUUUUUAGACAAGAAGGGAUUUAGCAGUCCUGCUUCCCAUUAAGUCAAUGGCAGUUUGGGAUCUUAAAGAGAGGGCUGAAUCCUGCAAACACAGGACUUCCCUUAAACACUCAUGUGAACCUGACCCCUGCUUCAUAGUGGUGGGAGGUGUGCAGAUUAAACUUUAACAAGGGGGAGAUGAAUUGAUUCUUUUUUCCAACAACUUAGUUUUGGAAUGAAUUUACAUUUCUGUCAGUCUGUAAUUUGUGAUGUUAUAUGCUGCCUCCCCCACCCACCCCCCGGCUCCAAAAGAUGUGUUGUUGGGUUGUUUUUUUUAAGGGGCACUUUUGUGUUGUUAUAUUUUUGUUAAUGUAACAGAGUUGUUUACACUUUUGCCUUUUGAUGAAAGUGAUUGUGAAUGUAAAGCAUCUGUAACGCCACAACAGGGAGCACAACUUUUGGGGGAUUUGGAGUCACUGUAACUCACUCUGAGACGCAUAAAAGCUACUGCAUUCUCCACAUGUUGCCAAUUAAUAAUGCCACUUGAAGGGGUGGGGGUGAAUAUUCAUUCUUAGGCUGUAACCCUAUGCAAGCUUUCCUGAGAGCUGUUAACAUAAGAUUUUUUUCGAUGAGCUAGGUGUCCCCCCUCCCCACCAAGCUGAAAAAGAAAGAUCCUGCGCUACAGAUGCAAUCCAUCAAGCUCUACACUGUGUCAAGGAUUGUGUCUACUGGUUUCAACUUGCAGUCUGCACCUCUUUGAAGGCUGGAGCAAAUUUCCCAGGGAGGUUUAGCAGAGCUGGGCCUGGAAGGCACAUUCUAGAAAACAUUUUAAAGCAUGCUUGAGUCCUCCUAAUCUCAGCAUGAGCAUUCUCAACUUUCUGUGAACUGUACCCCUUUGCUUCCAUUGAGUAGCUGUGAUGGGUGUGCACAUAGAAGCCUGGGAAAGCAGAGCUGCUCCAUUCAGAUCCCCGUGGACUUUUGGAUUGAAGCCAUUGGCCUUGAGGGGUUCUGAUGGGCGCACAUAGCCUUGAAUGCCAAUGGUCAACUUCCAUUCUGCCUCUCCAUCUUCAGUGCAGUGGUGUGUCUGGGUGCAGUAAGUGACUCACCUGGAUUAAGGGUUCCUCCAUAAUGCAACCACCCUUUUAAGCCCAGUGCAAGAAAGAUCCAGGAGUUGAAGGUAGUUUCCACGUUAGCGCCUCUCUUGCAAGAUGGUGGCAAGUGUUUUAAGGGGCCCAAAUACCCUUGCCUAUAUUAUUAGAAGAGCACUGUGCCCUCAGGUGUCUGUGAUCUUGCAGAAUGAAGCCCUAGAUAAACAAGGUGUGUUAAAAUUCUAGCCUUAACUGCAUUUACAGGGUAGGCAACGGCAUCAUUCUUGGCUAACUCUGCUUGAGUCUUGUGUUCUAACCAAAGGCCAUACAACCGGAAGAAUACAUAGCUUUUAUUAAAAGAGAAUGGGUUGGACCACUCUACCACUUUACCAGAUGACACAGCAGGUGCUUUUUAUUAACUGAUGAGAGCUAAGUCUCAUUUUUUUAAAAUUAUAUAUUUAUUAAAUGUAUUAAUCUGCAUUUUUUAUAAUGUCCCCUCUUCCCACUCUGCUGAGUGUUGCAUACUAUUUAAUCUUGUACAUCUUUGGAAAGGUUUUCAAGACAAUCAAUGUGUACCAUAAUGACUGUACAUCAUGACAUGAAAUUGAAAGCAAAAAGAAAAAGCAAGCUGUAAAGCAUGGGCAAAGACAUUUUAUUUUCAAAAUGCUGUUCUUAACAAAACAAAAUAAAGGCUUUACUAUUUACUUACAA